AUGGAGCCCAUCGCCUACACCUUCUUCGCAGAUGCCGCGCUGUUUGACAUGGACGGCACCCUGACCGACUCCAUCGCCGCUGUCGAAGCUGCAUGGAACAAGGUCGCCAAAGACAUCGGGCAGGACCCCGAGCACGUCAUCGCCGCCACCCACGGCAAGCGCGCCGUCGACAAUCUGUCGCACUUCAAGCCGCACCUCAAGUACGAGGAUCUUGAGGACGAAGUCGCUCAGUUCGAGGAAUCGAUCCUUUUCUUCGCCGACGCCUACAGUACGCACGGGCCUGGCUCGGAGCUUGGGUCUGGCUCCAUCAGCCCGCUCUCGGAUUCCUUGUUGGACAAGUCUUCCUCUCCUCCCUCGGACGAGACCACACCCGAACUUACCCCUGCCAACUCCAUCCCUCAUUCACGUCGUCCUUCAGUUGUCGCCUGGCAGCCCACCAGUCGUCGUCCAUCGUUCGGAAGUCGGCUCUUCCAUAUGUUGAGCGUCGCUGCUCGUAUGCGUGUCGCGGCUCCUGAGGACUCGGUGCGGGUCGUUGGGUCUGAUGACGGUAUCAUCUCAGGCUUGCCCGAAGUGCCAGAGGAAAAGGUCCGCAAGGACACUUUGGAGGCGUGGCAGCUCGAAGCUGCCAGCGUUGAUCGCUCCGUUCGCAUCCUCCCUGGAGUGAAGAAACUCAUGGACUCUAUCCCGGCUGGCCGGUACGCUGUCGCUACAUCUGGGGCAAAGACAUACGCCUAUGGAUGCAUGAAUAGAGUUGGAAUCACCCCACCUCCGGUCACCAUCACUGCCGACGACAAGCGUCUCAAGGCCGGAAAACCUGCGCCUGACCCGUUCCUCCUCGCUGCGGAAUGCCUCGGCUUCGAUGCCACUCGGUGUGUCGUCUUCGAGGACUCGCCCAGCGGUAUCCGUGCUGGUGUCGCGAGCGGGGCUACUGUCAUCGCCAUCUGCACCAGCCACGAACGUUCGCAAAUCGAAAACUGCGGAGCCCACUAUAUCGUCGAGAAUCUGGAGAGUGUCGGAUGCCAGGUGGUGGAUGGGCAACUGAAGUUCACUGUGAAGGCGUAG